GAAAUGAACUUCAUUACAUGAACUGUAGGUUAACACCUGCUGAAAACCGAAGUUGUUUAUUCAACUUCAAGAGGGCAUGUAUAGUAAAAAGCUUAGGGGAUAUCUUUUACCGCUGAAGGUGAGUUUAUUUCUGGCACACUCUCGCCCUUGUAUUCUAAUCGCCAGAUACGCAGUCUUUCCUCGCUAGUGCAGUAGCCAUUGACAUGCCAAAAAAGGGUUACGGCUGUGGUACUGCUAAGGCAGUGACUUUGAAGAUAAGAGAAACUCAGCUACAAAGAUGAUUAUAAGUAGACAGCAAUGCUAUUUACACACUUUCUCUCUCGAACGAACACAUCUGCAUCACAAGAGACUACUAAGUAGGCAUUCCAUAUUCUCCCCUGUCAAUAACCAACGAAUGUCAAAACAGGGGCACCUCGACAAUAGAGAAAGGUUGAAAAUUACAUUUGGCAAAGGUCACCACUGGUUAUCGUCGCUGGACUAACA